AUGUUUUUUUCGAAGUUAGUUAAGGAGUCCCUUCACAAUUUCACAAACAACAAAAUAAUACGUAGUUAUAAAACAAAUAAAAAUAUUAAUCUUGAUAAAUUGAUUAGAAAUAAAAAAAUAAAAAGCCAUGAACUUUAUAAAAUAGAAGAUAUAGAAAUAUUACUACAAGAGAAGCAUCAUGAUGUUUCCCAAACAUAUCCCACUAUUAACAAUGUUAAUCAAAUUGUGGAUGUAAAGAAUAUUCCUGUUUUUAAAAAAAGUGAAAAUCAGUAUAACAUUUUAAAUAAAACAGCUCUUCAUUUUGGAGAUUUUUCAUAUUUAAGCGGGGAUGCAAUAGUUAAUGGAACAAAUAAAAUAUUCGAAUUAACAAAAGAUGGGAUGGGAUAUGAUUGUUCGAGUAAUUUUUUAAAAACAUGUGGAAAUAAAUUAUAUGAUGAAAUAAAAAUAAUUAGAGAAAAAAAUAUAGGAAAAAAUAUUUUAGUAACAAAAGGAUAUAACAGUUCAUAUAAAUAUAUUAUACAUGUGAUUGAACCAUAUUAUAAUCAGAUAAAUGAAUUAAAAAAAUGUUAUAAAGAUGCAUUAUUAAUAGCUAAAGAAAAUGAUAUAAAAACAAUUGUUUUUCCAUUGAUUGGUAGUGGUAUUAGUUUAUUCAAAAAAUAUGAUGUUGUUGUUUGUUGUUUAGAAGGAAUAUAUGAAUUUAUAAAACAUAAAGAAAAUUUUAAUUUUAUUGAAAAAAUUGUUAUUAGUACAAAUGUGGAUUCUUAUUGGAUGCUUCUAAGAGAUUCUAUUCCACUUUACUUAAAUGAAAAUAUAUCAUAA